GCCCUGACUCCGGGCAUCCUCCGGCCGUCCGGGCGGCCUCGCCCCUGGUCCUUCGGGCGGACGUGCGGCCCGACCCUCGGCCCCGGCCGCGAGGGGUCGGAGUCCACCUGGGGGCGUCUGGGGCCGCGGUCGGGGACGCAGCCCUGGAGAGACGCGGGGAAGCGAGAGCCUGGGGUCCGAACCUCGACCGCUGCCCCGGUUCACUGCAUGACCUUGGGCCAGUCCCGUUCCCUCUCAGGCUUCGGUGGAGUGUUUGUCCAGCGGUCUCCUACCACUUGCUGCUCGGAGUGCUUACGAUGAUGAGGUGAGACUGAGGCUCAGGAAAAUGAAUGACUUGUCUGGGAAUCUUACACUUAUUAAGUGGUGGCGCUGGACACAUUUCCAGGACCUUAGCAUCCUGAGACAUUCUGGAUUCAUAGCCCUCAAGGGUUGACCUGGCCAGCGUUCAUCAUGUCAAAGCUGAAAAGCUCGGAGUCAGUCAGGGUGGUGGUUCGCUGUCGGCCCAUGAAUGGCAAGGAAAAGGCAGCUUCAUAUGAUAAGGUGGUGGAUGUGGACGUGAAGCUGGGGCAGGUGUCAGUGAAGAACCCCAAAGGAGUGGCCCAUGAAAUGCCCAAGACCUUCACCUUCGAUGCAGUCUAUGACUGGAAUGCCAAGCAGUUUGAACUCUAUGAUGAGACGUUCCGACCACUCGUGGACUCCGUCCUGCAGGGUUUCAAUGGGACGAUUUUCGCCUAUGGACAAACCGGGACUGGGAAAACGUACACGAUGGAAGGAGUCCGUGGUGACCCUGAGAAAAGAGGGGUCAUCCCUAACUCCUUUGACCACAUCUUCACCCAUAUCUCUCGAUCUCAGAAUCAGCAAUACCUGGUCAGGGCCUCUUACCUGGAGAUCUACCAAGAAGAGAUCCGAGAUCUGCUCUCAAAGGAUCAGACCAAAAGGCUUGAGCUCAAAGAGAGGCCUGACACUGGAGUGUAUGUGAAAGACCUGUCUUCCUUCGUCACCAAGAGCGUGAAGGAAAUAGAGCACGUGAUGAACGUGGGGAACCAGAACCGCUCUGUCGGUGCUACCAACAUGAACGAGCACAGUUCACGCUCUCAUGCAAUUUUUGUCAUCACCAUUGAGUGCAGUGAAGUGGGCCUCGAUGGAGAAAACCAUAUCCGUGUAGGGAAGUUGAACCUUGUGGAUCUUGCUGGCAGUGAACGGCAAGCCAAGACCGGUGCACAAGGAGAAAGAUUGAAGGAAGCCACCAAGAUCAACCUGUCCCUUUCAGCCUUAGGUAAUGUCAUCUCUGCCCUGGUGGAUGGCAAGAGCACUCACAUUCCAUAUCGGGACUCAAAGCUUACCAGGCUCCUCCAAGAUUCUCUUGGCGGCAAUGCUAAAACUGUAAUGGUGGCCAACGUGGGACCUGCUUCAUACAACGUGGAAGAGACUCUGACCACUCUGAGAUAUGCCAACCGUGCCAAAAACAUUAAGAACAAGCCAAGGGUCAACGAGGACCCUAAAGAUGCCCUCCUUCGAGAAUUCCAGGAAGAGAUUGCUCGGCUCAAGGCCCAGCUGGAAAAACGGUCCAUUGGCAGGAGGAAGAGGCGAGAGAAGCGGAGGGAAGGUGGUGGCAGUGGUGGGGGUGGGGAAGAGGAGGAGGAGGAGGGAGAAGAGGGUGAGGAGGAAGGGGAUGAUAAGGAUGAUUACUGGCGGGAACAGCAAGAAAAACUGGAGAUUGAGAAGCGGGCCAUUGUAGAGGACCACAGCUUGGUUGCAGAGGAGAAGAUGAGGCUGCUGAAGGAGAAGGAGAAAAAGAUGGAGGACCUGCGGCGGGAGAAGGAUGCGGCUGAGAUGCUGGGUGCCAAAAUCAAGGCCAUGGAGAGUAAGCUGCUUGUUGGAGGGAAAAAUAUAGUAGAUCAUACAAAUGAACAGCAGAAAAUCUUGGAGCAGAAACGGCAGGAAAUCGCAGAACAGAAACGUCGAGAAAGAGAAAUCCAGCAACAGAUGGAAAGUCGAGAUGAGGAGACCUUGGAACUUAAAGAGACGUACAGCUCAUUGCAACAAGAAGUGGACAUCAAGACCAAAAAGCUCAAGAAGCUCUUCUCCAAGCUGCAGGCGGUGAAGGCCGAGAUCCACGACCUCCAAGAGGAACACAUCAAGGAGCGUCAGGAGCUGGAGCAGACUCAGAAUGAGCUCACCAGGGAGCUGAAACUCAAGCAUCUUAUUAUAGAAAACUUUAUCCCCCUGGAAGAAAAAAGUAAAAUUAUGAACAGAUCCUUCUUUGACGAAGAGGAAGAUCAUUGGAAAUUACAUCCUAUAACCAGACUGGAGAACCAGCAGAUGAUGAAGCGGCCAGUCUCAGCUGUGGGAUAUAAGAGACCGUUGAGCCAACACGCAAGAAUGUCCAUGAUGAUUCGUCCAGAGGCCCGAUACAGGGCAGAAAACAUCGUGCUGUUAGAGCUGGACAUGCCCAGCCGGACCACCAGAGACUACGAGGGCCCCGCCAUCGCCCCCAAAGUCCAGGCCGCCCUGGACGCGGCUCUGCAGGAUGAAGAUGAGAUGCAGGUAGAUGCGUCAUCCUUUGAAAGCACCACAAAUAAGAAAUCCAAGGCCAGGCCCAAAAGUGGAAGGAAGUCGGGAUCCUCCUCUUCUUCCUCGGGAGCCCCCGCAUCUCAGCUUUAUCCACAGUCUCGCGGGCUGGUUCCAAAAUAAAGCCAGUUCCCCCUCUC